AUGGCUGUGGAAAUGGAGAAAGGCGGCAGUCUCCCAGCGCAGGACGCAUUGCCCCAGUCAGAGUCGACUGUCGAGACAAGUAUUGCUAGCGAGGGACCGGACGAUACCGAGCCCGUUGUGACACUGAAGACAUGGAUCGUCUCCUGUAUUCUCUCGUGCGGAUAUGGUCUAUCAUUCUGGCCCGUGCCAACGAUGUCGGCCAUCGGCACGUCGGUUUCUGCAGACUUGGGCAAUCCUUCGGGGUACAUGUGGUAUAUCCCAGCUUGGACUAUUGCCAUCACCUGCUCCUUUAUGAUCUUUGGUUCUAACACUGACUUGCUGGGUCGACGAUGGUUCCUGGUCGGAGGCAACCUGGUGUGCACUGUCGGUCAUAUCAUUGUGGCGUCUGCGAAAAACACCAACCAGAUCAUCGCCGGCUUUGCCGUUUCGGGCUUCGGGGCAGCCAACUGCCAGAUGGCCGCAUUUGCCCUGCCCGAGCUUCUCCCGAAUAAAUGGCGGCACAUUGGGGUCGUCAUUGCCGACUUCACCGUGUAUAUAGCGGUGAUUGUGGCGCCCGUCACAGCUCGAUUUGGUUACGAGUUUGGCACCUGGGCCUGGAACUUUUGGGCCGUUGCCAUUUUCCAGGGUCUUUCUUUCGUGGGAUUGUUGCUGUUGUACUUCCCGCCAGCUCAUCCAAUCGGUGUUUCCUACAGCGAGGCGUUCAAGUCUCUUGAUUAUGUCGGUGCCGUGCUGUUUAUUGGCGGGAUUGUGCCUCUGUUGCUGGGAAUCGUGUGGGCGGGUGUCUACGAUUCUAACGAUGCGCAUGUGGUUGCUUGCCUCGUCGUCGGCUUCGCCGUCUUGAUCGGCUUCGCGUUGUGGGAGACCUUCGCUAACCUGAAAUUCCCCUUGACGCCGACCUACGUGUUCACCAGCUCCUACGGACGAGACUUCACUGCCCCUGCCGUUGCUCUGGGUGUGGUCAACAUGUUCUACUACUCGUCAAGCAUUCUCUGGCCACAGAUGACGACUGUCUUAUACACCAACGGCGGUGUCGACUGGAAGUACGCCAUCGUGUUGACUCUGCCCCAGGGACUGGCGAUUGCUUUCGGUGCCUUCCUUCUGUCCGUCCUGGGACGGAAGCUUCGGAACUGGCAAUGGCAGUUGACCGGAUCGGUGUUCAUCAUGGUUUUGUUUGGAUCCCUGUUAGGAAUGGCCACGCCCGACAACAAGGGGACCAUGAUCGCUUUCAUGUUUCUCUCACAAGCUGGAUUCGGUUGGGGACUCUACCUGAGUAUUGCGAUCACGCAGAUGGGGGUGGAGCAGAAGAAUCUGGGCGUCAGUGGCGGUAUUUCAGGCGCCAUUCGCUUUGCUGCCGGAGCGGUGGCCACCACGGUCUACAACACCGUCUUUACCAACAGUCUGUCCGAGUGGACCCAGAAGCUGGUUCCGGCUGCCGUCACUGCUGCAGGCCUGGACGAGUCGAAGGUGCCCGAUUUGCUGACGGCGAUGUCUUCUUCCCCGUCUACACUGGCUCAGUCCUUCGGUGCCACCGUGGCGGCGGCCGCUGUCGACGCCAAUAAACAUGCUACUUGCAAGGCCGUUUUUGUGGUGGCAAUGGUCUCCAUGGCAUUCGGCAUUGUCGGUAUUAUUGCCUGUCUUUGCUGCAAGGACGUCGAGCAUAAGAUGACCAACACGAUCGAGGUGUACCUCAACAACACAUCGCAGGGAAAGCGAAACAAACACAAAUAA